CGCAGCGAGCACCGCGCGCGCCCUCACACUCUGCCACUCUGGAUACAGCUCUCCUCGUCUGAAAUGACCGGUUCUAGACACCUCUCGCGCUCCACCAGUGUUCCGAACUUCCGAGAGUGUUUCCUCAGUGAUUUCACUAAUUGGUGCUUUGAGUGAGUGAUCGGGAAUGUACGAGAGCCCGCUAUGGACGACUUACAAUGCCCCAAAUUGCAUUAAAUGGGUAAUUGCUGUUAACAAACCAUGAACAGUGAUAACAACAAAUUGAACUUUUCGACCGUUACGUAACAAAAAUAAUAACAAAAUGAAAAACAGCGAAGAGUGUUUAGACUGAGGCAGUGACUUCGAGAGAACAUAAACAGUGUGAUAUAAAUUGAUCUUAUUUAUGCUAAGUUAUUGGUUAAAAGACAUUGCUGUUGUAAAUAUAGUAUAGGAUUUAGUGUUAAAGACAAUACAUAAAGUGAUAUAACAAAGACUGCUGGCGGGCAGUUACCAGGAGAGCAGAAACGCCCAGCAGCCUACGAUCACGGCGUCGGCGGCCAUCGCAGGGAUGGGAAUCAAAGUCAUGAUGAAAGCUUUUAGUAAGCCGAAAGACAUCCCGUCGCAGGUGCCGCCGCUCACGCCCGGCACGAACAAGAAGAUGGCCGAGGCGCUGAAGGCUACCUUCGCCUCCUGGGAGAAGGAGCAGCUGCGUCUCGGCGUGCCCAAAGAUCCGCGACAAUGGAGCGAAGCAGCGGUGGCGGCGUGGCUGCGUUGGGCGACGCGAGAGUUCUCCUUAGAAGGCGUGGCGAUGCAGCAGUUUGCGCGCGCACAGGGCAAGGACAUCUGCGCCAUGGGCCGCGACGAGUUCGUGGCCCGAGCGCCCGCCUUCAUGGGCGACAUCCUCUGGGAGCACCUCGAGAUAUUACAGAAAGAUGUAGAGAAAGAGCGUUCGCUGCUCGCCAACGUGCCACCCAACAUGUACGAGAGCAACGUGUGUCUCCCGGAACUCACGGAGUACAUCCCGCCGCCUGCGCACCACUACAACAACAACAACAACAGCGGAGGCUACACAACUGGAGGCCCUCGCGAAUCCAACGCAUACGGCUACACAGAAACCCAGCCUUCGGCCCCGGCGGCCGCGCCCGCGCCUCCCGCCGCCUCCCCCCUCGACGAGUACUACCAGUCGGAGUACCCCCCCGCGCCACCCGCGGCCCCUGCGCAGCCCUACCUCGACGAGUAUUACCACCACGCGCACGCACAUACGCAACCACUGCUCACGCACGAGCCCAAGUACCAACCACAUUCGUAUACGAAGCCAUAUCCCAGAGGCAGUGGUGGGCGAUACGGUGGCGAAGGUUACGGCGAAGGCUACGCCCCGGAGUACGCGGGCAGCUGCGGCGAGUGGCCCGAGUGGCCGGGAGAGCAGCAUGCCCUCAUACCCCAGGACAAACUGGCCUACCCCGCUUCAGGACCCUGCUUCACCGGUUCAGGCCCGAUCCAGUUGUGGCAGUUUCUGCUGGAGCUGUUGACCGACAAGAGCUGCCAGGGGUUCAUUUCGUGGACCGGAGACGGAUGGGAGUUCAAACUCACCGACCCUGAUGAAGUGGCCAGACGCUGGGGUAUCCGCAAAAACAAGCCGAAGAUGAACUACGAGAAGCUGUCGCGAGGCCUGCGCUACUACUACGACAAGAACAUAAUCCACAAGACUGCUGGCAAGCGCUAUGUCUACCGCUUCGUGUGCGAUCUACAGAGCUUGCUCGGGAUAUCACCUGAACAACUGCACGCAAUGUACGAACCUAAAAUGGAGAAGAAGGACGAUGAUUGAGCACAACUCCAGCACUCGAUCGCUGCCACUCACACCAUGGCGAUCACCAUACACUCAACGCAGAAUUUAGUCGAAGCGGAUCAGCGAGAUCAAAGCGAAAAUUAUCACUAAUGCAAAAAUAAAUCAUUUGUUUCAGCAUAACAUAUCCACUCAUGAUGAGUAUACCAUUACUACGGAUUUGUAAAAAAAAAAAUAAUUUUGAUCAUAUUUAUUUUUAAUCUCCGUCAAAUAAUGUAUCUGGCCAUUUACAUAUUAUAAUGACAAAAUAAAAGCUAAUGAGGGCACAGAAGUGGAAAUAUGUUUAAUAUAACGAUAUCUGUUUGAUCUCAUGCACAACCACCAGUGGAAUUAUUUAUAAACUAACAAACCCUUUUCCUAACCUUUCACUGUCACAAAUGUUGUAGUUUAUAUUGCUAAUAUCAAAAUGACCAACGGUGCCUUAAUUAUUACUGAUUGUUUCAAUUUAAAAGUCCCCUAGUAUAUAUACGACAGUAUAAAGGGGCAAACACUUAUUUUAUUAUGGUAUUAAUAUUAAAUUCAAUCUUAGUCCUGUACCAGUUGGUACAUUUAAAAAUACAUCGUUUGAAAUUAUUCAAAAGUCAAGAGGAUGAAACCGGAAGUUUAGUGCUAAAAUAGUGAAAUUCUGCUUAAAUUUAACGAUAACUGUAAAUAUAAGUUAAUUUUGUUACUUUAUAAAAAUAAUUAGGUAUUAUAUUAUAAUAGGUAUUUAAGUGUUGUAUGUUUGAUUCGCAAAUUGUUGCAAUAUGCGAGUAAAUUGAUGCAUAGAUAGUAUGAUGACGGACAUAGAACCAUUUCUGCAUAUUUAAAAUCAUAUCCAAAGAUUUAUUAAAUCUAAAUUCCACCUGUUGGUAUAUUUUACGAUAUAACCCUGUUUUUUCCUGAACACUGUCAAUGUCCAUAUUUCAUAAAUAUUUUUAUAUAUAAAUUUAAUCAAAGAAAUCUGUAUCUCUGUGUUCAUGCAAUAAAAGAAGUCUAUGGUACCACUUACGCAUAUAAUUUAAUCAGAGUAUAAGGCAACACCGGGUGACGUCAUUAGUCGCUGAUCUCGUGGUAAGGGAUUGUAAUGUCUUACUAGUUAUGAAAUUAAUUAGUUGUAUUAUUUUCAAUUUUUAUAGGUCCUAGCAUACACCGAAGAUAUUUCGAUAAGUUUUAUUUUGUAAAGUAUUUCUCCUCCAUCAAUAUCAUACUCCUUGUUGUCAUGUGCAAUGCGAUUGUUAUAUAGGUAGCGUUAUAGAAAAUUAUGCAACGGUGCUGUCUUUUCAUGCACAGAUCUGCAGGCCUACCAUCAACCCCUGCGGUUGAUUGUUCCCGAACGAAAAACCUAUGAAAACAUUGUCUUCCCCACCAUUUGUAGGUUGGACUUAAAAUAGGUUCUUGUAUAGCACAUUCUAUGAAACUUGGUACUUGAUAAUGUUAUAUGGUACAUAAUUCCAGUCCUUCAAUUACCACGAAUGCAUAUCCGUACGCCAUUAUAAAGUGAGACAUAUUGUAGUUACGGCCAAAUUUUGAAUGUAUAAGUGUCGUUGUAUGUAUUGAUGGAAGAUAUAAAAUUAAAUAUAUAUAUUUACGAAAUCAA